UAUCAUACAGGUAACCAUCGAUUUUUUAAUGACAUAGGAGCGAUCAAUCUGGGGAGAAACGGCCGCAGGAGGACAGCAGAUCCGAUUCCAUGGCGGCGGCGGCUUCUCCUCUCCUCUCCCUCACCUUCGUCCUCCUCCUCGUGCCAAUCUCCAACGCCAUCUACUGCGACGAGGACGACUGCUACGAUCUCCUUGGAAUCAAACAGGACGCGAACGCAUCAGAGAUCAAGAAAGCCUACUACAAGCUCUCCCUCAAACACCACCCGGAUAAGAAUCCCGAUCCGGAGUCGCGGAAGCUGUUCGUCAAGAUUGCCAAUGCUUACGAGAUUCUAAAAGACGAAUCAACUAGGGGGCAAUACGACUAUGCUAUUGCACAUCCAGAGGAGGUUUUCUACAACACAGCUCAGUACUAUAGGGCAUACUAUGGCCAUAAAACGGAUCCUCGUGCUGUAUUCAUUGGCCUUCUUCUAAUUAUUUCAGCAUUUCAAUACAUAAACCAGCUGACAAGGUAUAAUAAGGCCAUAGAAACUGUGAAGCAAACUCCUGCUUACAAAAAUAGGUUAAAAGCAUUGGAGUUUGAGCGAACAGGAGGAAUUUCAAGCAAAAAGAAGGGCCACAAGCAGAUGGAUAAGAAAGUUGAAGAAGAGCUAAGUAACGAAGUUGAGUUGCAGAUCCACGGGGUUGAGAAACCUUCUAUGUGGAGUUUAUAUGGUGUCCAAUUUGUACUUGUGCCAUAUUCCAUAGGCAAGGUGCUCAGUUGGGAAUUUUGUUGGUUUUGGAGAUACCGGGUAAAGAAAUUACCGUACACAUGGGAGGAUGCAUGCUACUUGACUCGGAUGUCUCUUAAGAUACCUGCUAAUACAUGGCAAAAUAUUGAUGAUUAUAGGAAGGAGAAUCUUGUCAUGAAGCGCCUCUGGGAAAAGAGCAGUAUGGAGAGGUAUAUUGCAGAGAUGAGAAAAGAAUCAAAGCGUAGAAGAUAGCUGUAGCAUAUUUUUCUGAGACAACUAUGGCAACAGGUUGUUCAAUGACACAACAUCCACACCACAUUUACUGGACAGAGGAACUAUGGAUAAGUGGUUCUGGUUCUGCCUUGAAUUCAUUGGCAGCUAAAAAAGUGACCAAAACAGUAGAUCUUUCAAACAGCCAAGUAUAAUUCGAAGCAUCAUGUUGCAGCACGAAGUUUCUGUGUAGGGUGCAAUUUUGUCGCUCUGAACGACUGGUAAUUAGCUGAAUAUUGUCGCCUUGUAUCAACCGAAAAGAUAUAUCGUAUAUACAUGUGUAAUUGAUACUUUGUUCAUUGGAUUAUCUAAGGACCCUGCUCCCCGUUCCAGUG